AUGAAGGAGGACGAGACCUUCGAGCUGCUGCGUCUGUUGCUGCCAUACCUCGGGCUCGACGCCGUCGCCUCGGAUUCAGGGCGGCGGCAGGACCAGGCCCGUUUGGCGCUUUCGGCGGUCGCCUCGCUCGCGAAGUGCGCGGACCCAUGGGUGCAGGGCCUCGUGGGCGCCGAGGCCGCCGUGGUUGAGCGGACGCUCUCGGAGGCCUGCCAUACCCUUAUCACCCUCUGCAAAAUUCAGGGCAAUGAGGACAGCCAGGCUCAGCAGGGCUACCUCCGGGACGUGCUGCUGUUUUGGUCCGUGAUCGUCGUGGCAUCCCCCGUCGUGGCAGCGCGGCUAGGGUUGUUGGAGCGGGUCGAGAGGGAUUUCGCGUGGGCUGCUCUCGCCCCGUUGCUGGCCUCGUCAGAUCGCGUCGUCUACGCCGCGGCCAGCCUGCUGACGGCCACGCUGCUGGACGAGCUGAACUCGGUGGCCCCCGCCCUCAGCGCCAUCUUCGGGCGUGUCCUGCUCGCUGCCGUUGUCGACGCAAACACUGGACGGCACUGUGGGGAGAUCCCCGAUUUCUAUACUUAUUGGGUCUCGUUGCAUGAUCAGAACUGUGCGGAAGGGGGGCACGACGCUUUGGAGUACACGGAUUCGCAUACGUCCUUCUUCAAUUUUUUUAUAUUGUCCCACCUCACCUCCAUUCCUUUGCCCUCAGACGAGAUCCGCACCAGCCGUGAUUCGCACAAAGUUGCGUUCACGGAGUGGACCGCAAUGGAGGCUUCUUUGGUGCUUAUCAAAUCCUUGGCAGAGAAUCUACCUGUAGUGUUCCUCAAGUACGUCUUGUUGCUUGACGUCGGGACGUUAGGGGAAGUGUGGAAAACGUUUAAUUCCAGACGUGCUGAGUCAGAUGGCAAGGAAAGCCGGCGAGUGCGUGGGUGGCUUGCUACCACGUUCGCACCGUUGAUUGAAGUAAAUGUCUGCUUCUCUGCUCACCUAAGUGCUUCUAAUAGGCGGGUCUAUGGUAUCACCGACGAGCAGCUCGCCCAGGAUGUUCUCGAGCGAAUGCUUCGAAUUGAGUCGAAUGCACCUUUGAACUACUUGCAUCAGCGCCAGGUGGCCGAGGGUUCCUUUUUCCAGGACUUUUCUUAUUAUAUGACAAAUUUGUCCGAACAGCGAAAAAGCGUUCCGAAAACGCAACAAGAUACAGGGGAAUUGUCGUCAAUGACCAUUAAUGAGUCCGAUGGGGAUUCGAAAUCUACCCUUUUCAAGGAAGCGCCAACCUCAAAGACAAUGGCGGACCCUGAAAAAGCCCCCAACGCAUGGUUUCACAAGGGUCUGCAUCAGGCCCCGUUAAUCAUUUCCCUCACUCGUAUUCUUUUAAAGUUGUUUGAUUUUCCAUAUAGGGUCAACAUCCUUUUAAGCCAGGCACUUAUUGCGAUUUGUCUUUUACCAGACUUACGUGCCCUGUACACUCUCAUGGACUCUGAGCAUGGCCGGCUAUAUCACAGUUUACGCGUUUUACGGAAUUCGAUCGACAAGUUGUUAGAUGGGGACUAUAAAGCGUCUUUGGUUAUGAAUAAUGCGAUGGCUACUACUUCAGAUUACCCCCUCCAAAGUAAACCGAAUCGGCGCACCUCGAAGGAUGGCAACCAGGGCUCCGGUAUUGAUACAAAAUCAUUGUCCUUGUCUUCUCCUCCAAAGGCUUCAGAAUUUCCUACUCUCAUUUACUUGUAUAACAUUUAUCUUGAUCACUGGGAUUAUCUGACACCCCCUACGCUUUGUGAUUGCGACGAUCUUAGUGAUCGUCAUGCGCUUAAUCGUCCACUGCCCGCGUCGUUGCCGGAAGCGAUUGGUAAAGCACUCAUCAAGAACAAGUGCUUUUUAGAAACCUGCACUGUACUCGAGAUACUGCGCUUAGAGCUCGGUGCAGUUGUGGGGUAUAUGGCCCUCUCACAUAGUCUUUUAAAUUUGCAACCUGGCAAAAUAAAGGGAGUGAAUUAG